UGCCGGGGUGGUCAGCAUGAGUACCACCAAGCAUGAAGCCCUUCAUGGCACAAGGGUCUAGCUAUCAAGGGAAAUCAUCAAGGUGCAAAGUAUCAAGUGGCAAGCACGCAAGGCAUUUAAGGUGUGUGGAGCACUAUUUACUAAGAGGCAGUUACACGACGGUUACAAGAGAUGGCUAUAAAUAGGUGAAAGGAAAACAAAACAAGGGUUGCACAACCAAACAUUUGACACACAAUGUCAAACUUUUAUAUUUUCUAUGCAAAUUAGCCAUACUCUUUAGUUUUCGGAGUUCUCACCGAACCUCUAUAGGAGUAUGGGUAAUUUAACGUAGCUUGUUCCCAAAAAACCAUAAAAACAUCAAACACCCUCGUUCGAACAUUGUUCGAAGAGUAGUGAACCGUGUUAUUAAUCAUUGUUCAAGAAUUCAAGGUUCAUUAAUUGAGCUCAAACACAAGAUUUUCCUCGUCGGAAAAAAAAUUGGCACACUCGGUGGGACGACUGUGUUUGAUUUGAUGGCUCCUAGGCGAAAGAUUAAGGAAAGCGAUGCUUCGCCAGGAUUUGUGGAGGAGCUAGUGGCCAAAAUUGAAGAUGGACAGUUAGCAGAAGCGGUUUUCUGUGAUAAUGUCGACGGAGAAGCUUUGCCGUCGCCGGCACCAUGCACGACCGUUGAUGUAGUUGCUGCCAUUGGGUCAAUUCACCAAUUCAUGGAGGAAGCCUUGGCUAGAAACACUCUUCAAGUAAAUUCUCAAGUUGAUUGUCUUAACUCCUAUGUAGAUAGGCGUUUAAGUCAAAUUUUUUAUAUUGUAACAAAAAAUAGGAGUGAUUUUGACGAGUUCAACUACUAACAUUGUAAAUUUUUCUCCUGUCGAUGGCCGGAACGACCAACCACGACAAGAUAACUUCCUACCAUAGGUGACAACUCUACCACCCUCUCAUCGUGUGAAUCGCGACGAGAUUCCCGCCACUACUAAAGUGGAGCCAGUCCUUAACAUGGGAGUUAGAGAAUGCCCACACGUUGCAAAAAUUCCGCCAAUACGUUCAACACUCAUGUUGAAAACCCGCCAUCCAUCCCAGUGACAAGAACCUAUGUAGCUCCUGCUAACAUGGUUGGGGGAGGGAGGUUAGGAGUUGGGGAUCAAGUUCCUCCACGUGCUUACCCAACACCCAUACCAACCCAAGUCCAUGGGCAUGGUUUGGACCUCAUGGGGCUCGUACCUCCAGGAGGGGGGGGGGGCAAGAUGCUAGUGCCUAAGAGAUCAGGUGGCUCAAUUCCUAACCGAGCAAUUUGGAUUAAGAGUAAACCCCACCAUGCCACCUAUGUAUCGUAUGCCUUACCCUGAAUGAGUAGAUAGGCUUUAACCAUUCACAAGAGGGUUUAGGGUGCCCGAUUUUUCCACCUUCACGGGUACUGGUGACAAUCCACUGUUGAACAUGUGGGACGGUUUACUGUCCAAUGUGGAGAUGUGGGAGACUUUGUCAAGUGAAGGCAGUUUGGCAACUCGUCGACAAGACAAGAGUUCGCAUGGAAUGUUAACUUGCGGUCUAACUCUGUCCAAACUUGGCAAAAGAUGGAACUAAUCUUCGAUGCUCAAUUCUAUAGGUCUGAGACUGAGGUCUCAAUGGCUGACUUUGCAUGUAUGCGCCAACAGCCAGGGGAGUCAGUUGAGCAUUUCUUGACCAACUUUAAGAAUGCAUAACCGUUGCUUUGUCAACUUGAUAGAAAUGGAUUUUGUCAAGCUUGCACAAGGGGGCUUGAGUUUUGAGUUAAGGAAGAAGUUCCAAGACAAAGUGUUCUCGGACUUGUUCCAACUAAUGUCUUGUGCAAUGAGGUAUGUGUCCUUUCUCCAAGAAGAGGAGAAGAGGAGGAGCGCAUCAAGGGGACAAUACUUCCCCACAAUCAACUACCCUGUCAACCAUGUUGGCCAAGAGCCCAAUGAGGUGGAGGUAGACCUUGUUGAGUUAGCUCCAGGGAAGCCAUAUGUUUGUGCUUCUUUAGGUAUGGCUGAAAAUGAGCCACAGUGGGGCAGACCCAAUAGGGUUCCUAUCUAGCCAUGCAACUACUCCUUUGACGUCUCAAAGGCUUACUUGAUUUUUGACCAACUCUAUAAGGAUGUUCAGAUGAAGUUGACCCCGGGGGGGGGGGGGGGGGGGAUAGUAUACCACCACCCGAGAAAUUAAAAGGGAAGAAGUAUUGUAAGUGGCAUAACAGCAUGUCACAUGUCACUGACUCAUGUGUGGUUUUCCAUAAUAUCUUGCAUAAUGCUAUUUAGAAGGGGUGUAUCAAGUUCUCAGAGUCAAAUAAGGAUGCCAUGUUGGU